UUAGUCUAUCCUCUUUCUGACCGGGUGAUGGAGGCUGCUCUAAGUGGGAUCACUGAGGUCCAGGGGAAGAACGGACCGGUCAGUGUCAGCGAUGUCAUCAAAGACAAUACCUGUGUAGGUUUAUAUUUUUCGGCGCAUUGGUGUCCGCCAUGUCGAGGAUUUACUCCAAAACUGGCGGAGUUCUACAAAAGUAUGAAAGAAAAUAACCAACCCAUAGAAAUUAUCUUUGUCAGCCAUGAUCGUGACCAGGCCAGUUUUGACGGUUACUAUGGAGAAAUGCCUUGGCACGCUAUUUCUUUUGAUGAUCAGGAUGCAAGAGAAAAUUUAGCAAAGAAAUAUGGUGUAAGUGGGAUUCCGUACUUGGUGAUUAUGGAUAGUCAAGGAAACAUUUUAGACAAAGAAGGAAGAGGAACCGUCCAAUCCUUUUCCGGUUCUACACUUCCGGAAAAAUGGAAAAAAGCAUCAUUUAAUACAUUAAACAUGGACGCCGCACUGUGUGGAAUGACCGAGGUUCUGGGGAAAGAUGGCAUGGUUAAAGUUAGUGAUCUCGUGAGUGGGAAAACCUGUGUAGGUCUGUAUUUCUCCGCGCACUGGUGCCCUCCCUGUCGCGGUUUCACACCCAAACUGGCUCAGUUUUAUAAAGAUCUAAAGGCCAAUGGUCAAAGUAUUGAGAUUAUCUUCGUCAGCUCUGACCGGGACCAAGAGAGCUUCACAAAUUACUACAGUGAGAUGCCGUGGCAUGCCCUUCCAUUCGAUCAAGGUGAUACAAAGGCAACUUUAGCAGAAAAAUACGGUGUACAGGGAAUUCCCACAUUGGUCAUUCUGGACAAAGACGGAAACAUCAAGGAUAAAAACGCCAGAGGAACAGCCCAGAGCGCUGAAGGUUCCAAUGAACUUCCUGCUGCCUGGAAGUAGACAAUAUAUUCAGCGUUUUCUCCGUGUUUCUUUUAAAACAUGUUUAGUUAACUUAAACAUUUUUAUUCACAUUAUAUAUGUUAUUAAUGUUUCUAGACAUACUCAAAUGUGAUAUUUAUUUGUGAAAUUAAAGAAAAUGCAGCAUUA